GAGAACGUGUCAGAGACGCUUGGACGCCAUGAUGGUAGGUGGAACCUGUUAUCACUUAUCCACCGAUCUGCCUUUUCAACGAAUUUAAUACUGUGCAGUUUAAAUUUUAUUUUGUUAUAAAUAUUUUCUACACAGUUUUUAAUUAAAUAAAAUGUUUCAGGACGGCAUAUGUGAUACUGCCGACAUUUUAAAUAACGUUCCUGCUAAAAAGACAAUUCAUGCUGACAAUGUAGACCUUUCUGAUAAGUCAUUACAGGUGGAUAUUUCAGAUGCUCUUAGUGAAAAAGAUAAAGUAAAAUUUACUGUACAUACAACAACUACAUUACCGGAAUUUCAAAAACCAGAUAACUUAGUUGUAAGACAACAUGAAGAAUUUGUUUGGUUACAUGACCGAUUUGAAGAAAAUGAAGAAUAUGCUGGAUAUAUUAUUCCUCCUUGUCCACCACGACCAGAUUUUGAUGCAUCUCGUGAAAAAUUACAAAAACUUGGAGAGGGUGAAGGUAAUAUGACACGUGAAGAAUUUAAUAAAAUGAAACAAGAAUUGGAAGCUGAAUAUUUGGCAACAUUUAAAAAAACUGUUGCUAUGCAUGAAAUGUUUUUAACUAGAUUAGCACAUCAUCCAGUUUUUCGUAAUGAUCAUAAUUUAAGAGUAUUUCUGGAAUAUGAUCAAGAUCUUUGUGUAAGAGGAAAAAAUAAAAUGGAAAUGUUUGGUGGUUUAGUAAAAUCUUUUUCUACUACUACAGAUGAAUAUUACUUAUCUGCGACAGUAAAAGAUGUAAAUGAUUUCUUUGAUCAAGAAAUGUCUUUUUUACAAACUUAUCAUCAUAAUUUAAAAGAAGCAACAAUUCGCGCAGAUCGACAGACAACCAAACAUAAAGAUGUAGCAGAUUCAUAUAUUAAAAUUUCCACAAAUCUUUUGCAGUUAGCUACAACUGAUACUGGUAAAUUGGAGAGAUUUUUAACAAAAAUUGCAGAAAUGUUUGAGAAAUUAAGGAAAGUAGAGGGACGGGUAGCAUCUGACGAAGAUUUAAAAUUAUCAGAUACAUUACGUUAUUACAUGAGAGAUACAGCCGCAGCUAAACGACUUUUGUUUAGGAGAUUAAAAGCUCUGCAUGCAUAUGAAUCUGCGAAUCGUGCUCUUGAAAAAGCUCGUGCCAAAAAAGAUGUUCAUGCUGCAGUGGAGGUUGCUGAGGCGGAACAAGCUCAAACAGAAGCCUGUGAAAAAUUUGAGCAAAUGUCAGAAAAAGGAAAAGAAGAGCUAAUGGAUUUUAAAACGAGAAGAGUAACUGCAUUUAGAAAGAAUCUGAUUGAAUUAACAGAACUUGAAAUAAAACAUGCAAAAGCACAUGCGGAAUUGCUCAAAAAAUGUUUAACGGUUUUACGAGAAGAGUGAAGCAAUUUUAUACUUUUCAUUGCAAAGAUUACUAUGUAAUCUAUAUGAAGAUAACAAUUAUCUAUUUAAAAUCAUAGCAAUGUAAUGGUAUUGUAAAAUAUAUAUUUUUUGUUAUCUAGAUUUAUAUAUGUUAUCUGAAAGAAAGAAUUGUAUUAUUAAUUACAAAAGAGCUUCAUAUAAAG